GUCGAACCCUGGUGGCUCUGACCGCCUCCUGAAAGGGGGCUGCUAUAGCACGACAUAGUAAGUUAGUAACACUCUUUUUUUUUUUUUCCCCUGUGUCUGAACUUCCUCUGAAGGCCAUGAUGCAGCGACUGCAUUGGUGGAACCUGCACUUGCCGUGGAUGUCCAUGGUGCAAUUUUGCGUGCGAUGCUGCCAGAAGCACAGCUACAGAAAAGUCCAUGAUGCCAUCCUCCCUGCUGAAAGUGGAGAGAAUAAGCCCUUAAUGUCACAAAAAGAUGUACCGGCAACACUCGUCCAGGAAGAUCAAGAGGAGCAGCUUGGUGGUGCUCAGGAUGCUGCUACGGUAGAGAGGGAGAGAGAUCGUUGUGCCGGCCUUUUGGCCAUUGCAGUGUGUUGUGGAGGAAACAGCUUCAAGGAGGGAGAUACUGCCAUCAUGCCUGCACAGCCAACCCCCGUCCAUAAACAAGUAAGUGAAAUAGUUAAUGCCAGCGAGGAUGCCAAGUCCGCACUGCCACCAUUGAAUACAGAGAACCUUCCCCGGAAAUCGUUAGCAGGGUUACUAGCUCGCCAUGCAGAAGCCAGCCAGCGUGUUAUGCUCAUGAGGAAGGAAGAGGAAAAGCGGCAAAGAGCUGCAGAGCUCAGAGAUAUGGCUUAUCACUCAGAGUAUAUGCUGGCGCAUAAGGAAGAUGAGGCAUGUUUCAGGAAAAUUGAUGAAUGGAGGGAAAACUUGGAAAAAAAGUCUGCUGAGGAAAAUGAGAGGGAGAAGGCACUUAAAGAGAAAGAGCUUGAGGAGGAGGCACACAGCUUGUCGGCACUGCAUUCUGAGUACAUGCAAGCUUGUCGGGAGGAUAAGUCUUGCAUCCGGGACAUUGCUCGAUGGCUGAAGCUCAGGGAAGAGGCUUCUGCUGAGGACGAGGCAAGCAUGAGGGAAGCAGUGGCAAUUAAACUGGCCGAAGAGGCCAACAACCUGAGAGUCGCGCGUGAGGAAUUGGAGUCACAGUGGAGCGCAGAAGCUCUCCAGCUCACUACAUCACAUGCAGCAUACAUGCAAGCGCAUGCCAGUGAUAUCUUAUCCUUGGACGAAGUAGAGGUGUGGACGACAAGAAUGUUUGCACCAGAGGUGACAGCAGUCGUUAUCCCUCCUGUCAUUGUCCCUGACUUUCUUCCCGAACCGGCAGAGAUCGUACCAAAUGACAAGCUUCAGGCUGCUGCUCUUGACCAAGUGGGAGAGAAGCUCAUGCCAGCGGACAAUAUUCGCGAAGAUAUGGUGACAUUGGUUGACAAGGAAGUAGAUCUUGAGGAGGAAGCAGGCAGCUUAUCAGCGUUGCAUUUGGAGUACAUGCAAGCUCUUGGAGAGGAUGAGGCUUGCGUCGAGGAGAUUGAUCGAUGGAAGCUAUUUGGGGAAGACACUUCUGCUAAGCCCGAGGAGGAGAGGAAGAAGGAAGUAACAGAAAUCAUAGUUGAGGAACGGCCUAGCAAGCUGAGAGCAGCUCGUGAGGAGUUAGAAUUACAGUGGAGUGCAGAAGCUCUGAAGCUAACAACAUCACAUACGGAGUACAUGCAAGCUCAUGUGGAAGAACUCCUCGAGCAGACCUCCCUGCUUUAUGAUGUGCCUGUGGAAAUAGGCACCAACCCGUCAACAGGGCUGGGUGAGGUUAUGGCAGAGGUGGAGCACCCUUACAAAGCUGUGAAGUGGUUCAACGGAGAUGGUUCUGCCGACGACGAGGAGGAGAGGGAGGGGAGGGAGGAGAAGGCACCCACAGAAACCAGACUUGAUGGAAAGGGCUAUAACCUGAGGAAAACUCAGAAUGAAUUAGAAUCACAGUGGAGUGCAGAAGCUCUGAGUUUAUCAGCAUCACAAAGGGAGUACAUGCAAGCACAUGUGGAAGAGGCUGUUCUACCCGUAGCAGAUGUCAUGCUGCCCUGCGAGAUUGUCACUGUGGAAGAAAGCCCCAUUCAGUUACAGGUAGGGGAUCCGUGCGGUGAAAUCUUACCUGUGGCAAUUUCUCACCAUGAUGAGCUGCCAGCCCCAUCGUUAUCCGUAGGGUGUUCGCGGUGGCUAGCAACCGUUGUAACAUGCUGUCAGAAGUCAGAUUCAAGUACAGAUGAUGGUGACCGUGAUCUGAACCCGAGCGCAGAAAUCGACAAAGAGUCGGGAACACUUGAGAAAGUGCAAGAGGAAUGUACGACUGCUUUCACCAAGGAUAUGACAAACGCGAUAGGAACCAACAAACCUGCUGAUGAUGCAAAGAGCGAUCGGAGAGCCAUGGGGGAACCAAGUGAUCCAUAUGGCUGUUUGAAAGGGGAUUCAGAGGGGCGUGACAAGCUUCCUGACCUUGCAGAGAGUAAUAUACUAGUCAACAUAGAAGCAACCGAUCCAUAUAGUGCCUUGGAACAAGAUUGGGAACAAGGGAGAUCUGCCGAAACACCAACAACCAGCCAUCCAGGACUCAACUUGAGCGUGGAGGAACACCAGCACAAGUGUGUCAUCUUCCAGAAAGACCAGUCCCAGGAGGCAGCUGCGGGGAGGGGAGGAGGAGGAGACAAUCUACAAGGUGAAGACUCAAAGGCCGUUCCAGUGUUUGAUAUCGUCACAGACUCCAGUCUUCCCCCGGUGGCUGAACGUGCACCGUCGACAAGGUCACAAGUGAAUGACGAUGCCAAUACGACGGCAGAAAGGAAGACAGGCAUCCACUGUCCUAGCGUCUUUGGAGCUGUGGUCACUUGCUGCAAGGGGCAUGAUGAGGACACUGCGACUCCCAAAGAGAAGCAGCCCAUGCAUCAGCAUGAAAACGAGUCCCUCAGUGUUUGGCACCACUUCAUGGCCAAACCUGAUGAAAUGGAUGAAGAACAAUGGGUCAUAGAGGCAAGACUUCACGAAGAAUUUGUGAGGCAAAGGACCAUGCACGAGCAGUACAUGACUGCUCAUCAUGAAGACUUGGCUUGUCGGGAAGAGAUCGAGAGCUGGAACAUGGUUCAUGUUGAGGAGAUCCCUGCUGCAUUAGUCCCCUCAGACCCAAGUGUUUUGAAGGAUUGUUCUGGGCCCAACGUUUCGGAAGCAGGUCCCCUUGACCCAGCAACAGAGACAGAGAACCACAAUCUUGACCCUGAGAUGACUAGCAAGGAGUAUAUGGAUGCUUAUGAUGAGGAGCUUGCCCUCAUGAUGCAAACAAUGGCUUGCCAACUGAUACACAACGCGGAGGAGGAGACGGUUACUUCUGCAAGUGUGUCACAAGCUGCUCUCGACUGGGAGAUCACUUUGGCACCAAGUUCAAGUUUACUCCCCGUGUCUGAGAAUCCUCAACACUUAGAACAGGAUGCAGAGAAAUCAGCAGGCAAUGUCCUGCAGCGGCCGUUUAUGCAACUCACUGAAGAUCCAGAUAGAAAGAAUACGGAGGACCUGGCGAAUGAAAGGCCAAUAUCGACGUGUCUUCCGGACUUCCUGGUGGCUAUGGUGAUGGGUUGUGAGAAUAAGCACUUGGCUCUGGCAAACUGUUGCACACGAGACGAAACACGCCUAGACAACAACGAUGAGGACGAUGAAUACCAAUCUAUUAUCCACUUCCUUCAGGAAGAGGAAGAACAGCAGGCGAUCGAUGCCGAACUUGAGCAAGCAGGGUUCCGAAAGCUCGGGGCAGAUCAUCAGGAGUACAUGGCAGCUUACGAUGAAGAAGAAACCGCCAAUGCGGCAGACAUACAGCUCUGGAUCGACAGGAUUCCGGCUAUGGAAAGUGCUGAGGAGUACAUGGCAGCUUACGACAAAGAAGAAACCACUAAUGCGACAUUUCCGGUUAUGGAAUGCACUCCUUCUGUAGUCGCGGCAGAACCGAGUGUUACUGGUGGACAUGUCACCGGAAUAGGGUUGCCUGACAAUCAGCCUGAGGAAAAAGCACGAGAAGUGGGCAAACAAGGUGAACUUGAACAAACAGGAGAUUAUGAAGAGCUGAACUCGACUCUAGCAAAUAACGAAUACAUGAAUGCGUAUUAUGACGAUGCUUUUGCUCUCCCGCAGGAGGAAACGGCUCAUCAUGAAUUUGCGGAAAUGGAUGCACCUGCGCGCCCCUUACACGGCCUAGAUCUGGGUCACAUGCACAUGAUCAGCUGCCCAGGCUUGUUUGAGCGUAUGGUGACGUGUUGUGAGAGACGGGGUCAGGAUGCAGAACAGCCUGCACGUUCGGCUGAUGGCAGCCACAGCGCUGAUGACUUGCAGUCUGUCCUUCCCAUUCCUCCGAAGGAAACCGUAGAGAGGUGCCAGGCUCUGGACGCGGACCUUCAGGAGCUCAGCAGGCAUGGAACAGCCCACCAGCAGUACAUGGAAGCUCACGAUGAAGAUGUACUUUGCUGGGAAGAGAUCCAGAGGUGGAAUGACUUGAAUACUCUGGAGCUUCAGCAUACAAAUGCAGCCGCCAUCUUACAGUUCAUCCCAGACUCAGUCGAGCUUGGAAGGUCGUCUGCUGCUGAAUCUCCGGUAGAAGCAGGGAGACAGAGUGAAACUGUGUUAGCCGAGCAGCAGAAUCCAUUGUUUACGGAGGAUGUGAAGUCGGAUCAAGAUAACAAUGAAGAGUUCGAGCUGAAGUUGAUUCAUGAUGAGUACAUGAAUGCUUAUCAGGAUGAGUUAGCUCUCUUGCAGAACGAGAGGAUCCGGCUGCCCAAUGAUUCAGAAGAACAUCGGUGGCCUGGGCCUUACAGUGAAUCGAGCGCUCUCUGGAUGUCAGAGAUCGCAGCUGUCGAACCAUCCAUUGGCUUCGAAUCUGAGAGCCCCCCUUAUGUCUUGGAUGUGGAAGCACAGACACAAAAGGAAGAGGAAGAAGACAAGGCGAGCAACGUCAUUGACAAGCUGCCACCGGAGUCGCAGCCACUUGCAACAGGAGUAGAGGACAGGGAAGGUAGGAGAGAAUCACUGAGUUGCACAGAACUGCUGACAGCAAUGGUGACCUGCUGUGAGGUAGCCAAUGACAACGAAGAUGAUUCGCAAUCUUUCAUUCACAAGGUAUAUGAAGAGAGAGAGAAGCAAGUGACGGAGAAACAAAUUAAGACAGAGGUGGAACGACUGAGGGAAGCGCAUAAAGAGUACUUGUCGGGACACGACGAAGAUGUGGUCUGUGCGCCACAUGUGCUGACCUGGACUAAUAUGACCGUUGCAAUAAAGGAGAAGACAGCUACUGAGUGCAGCGAGAAAGAGGUCGCCAAACUGUCGUCAGAAGCAUGGAGGCCAAGGGAGCCCAAGCCAGUGGCAACAAGAGGAUUUUCAGAGAAAGAGAAGCAGGUGGUGAAGGAAGAUCUUGAGGUGGAGUUGAGAAAACUGAAGGAAUUGCAUGAGGCGUACAUGUCAGGCUAUGGCGAUGAUGUGGCCUGCGCAGUACCUGUCCUGGCCUGGACUAGUAUGCUGAUUCCAGCAGAGGAGGCUACUAUUGAGAAUACCGAGGACAUGAGUACUGCAGGGUUAGCAAGUCGGUCAGAGGAGCAUGCAAUUAAUACGGUAGACUCCGUAGAGUCAGAAGUAAAGAGCUCCAUGCAGCAAGAAACAAGGGCAGCCAGAGGAGAUCUUGACAAUAGAAAACAGGAGAUGGAGGAACAACUGGAGGUGGAGAUGAGAAGGCUGGAGGCAGCGCAUAGGGAGUACAUGUCGGGGUACGAGGAAGAUGCAGCGUGCGCACCAAAUAUCCUUACCUGGACUAGCAUGAUCAUUGCGCUGGAGUUGGCCGCUGCUGAGCAUGUUGAGGAAGAGAGAACUACAGGUGGUGUACCUACCACAUCAGACGAGGACGCAAUCACCAAGCUGCAGUCUGAAGCAGGGAGGCUUAAGGAACCAGAACAAGAGGCAGCCAGAGGAGAGAAGCAGGAAAUCGAGGAGCAGGUCGCUGUGGAAAUUAGCAAGCUAAAGGAAGCCCAUAAGGAGUACAUGGCAGGAUAUGAUGAUGAUGUGGCCUGUGCAGAUGAUGUCCUGGCCUGGGUGAACAUGGCUAUUGCAGCAAAGGAGGCUGCUGAAGAGCACACUGAGGAAGAGAAUCCUGCAGCAGGGGCACCUACCAUCUCAGGUGAGCAUGCGCUCGCCACUGGAGAUUCAGAGAAAGAGAAGUGGGAAAUGGAGGAACAGCUUGCUCUCGAAACGAGAGAGCGAAAGGCAGCACAUGAGGAGUACAUGUCAGGAUAUGGUGAUGAUGUGGCCUGUGCAGCAGAUGUCCUGCCUUGGGUGAAUUUGGUUACCAGCUUGGAGCUCUCUGAGGAGGCCACUGCUGAGCACUCUGGGGAAGAUAGUUAUGCAGGGGAACCUACCAGGUCAGAUGAGCAUGCUAUCACCAAAUUCUGGUCAGGAGCAGGGAGGCUAAGGGAUACAGAACCAGAGGCAAUCGCGGAAGAUUCAGAAAAGGAGAAGCAGGUGAAGGAGAGACAACUUGCGGCAGAGGUGAUAAAACUGAAGGCAGCUCAUGAGGAGUACAUGGCAGCGUACGAUGACGAUGUGGCCUGUGCAACAGAUGUCCUGGCUUGGACAAACGCGAUCACCAAACUAGAAGAGGCUGCUACUGACCAUGCAGAGGACGAGCUUACUCUGGGGGAAGAUCGAGAAAGAGAGAAGCAGAUGGAGGAGAAACAACUUGAGGCAGAGGUGAUAAAACUGAAGGCAGCUCAUGACAAGUACAUGGCAGCGUGCGAUGACAAUGUGGCCUGUGCAACAGAUUUCCUGGCUUGGACAAACGCGAUCACCAAACUAGACGAAGCCGCUACUGACCAUGCAGAGGAAGAGCAUACUCCGGGGGAAGAUCCAGAAAGAGAGAAGCAGGUGGAAGAGAAACAACUUGAGGCAGAUGUGAUAAAACUGAAGGCAGCUCAUGACAAGUACAUGGCAGCGUACGAUGACGAUGUGGCCUGCGCAACAGAUGUCCUGGCUUGGACGAACACGAUCAUCAAGGUAGAAGAGGCUGCUACUGAGCAUGCCGAGGAAGAGCAUACUCCAAGGGAACCUACUUGCUCAGAGGAGCAAGCAAUUGGGAAACCAUGGUCAGAAGGAGGAAGGCAAAGGGAGGCAACGCCAGAUGCAACCAGAGAAGACUCAGAAGUCAUUGACAAACCAUGGUCAGGAGGAGGGAGGCAAAUGGAGGCAACGCCAGAGGCAACCAGAAAAGAUGCAGAGAUCAGGCCAGACAAACUGGAAAGCCCCACAAGUGCCCUCCUGGAGAGGGCUCAUGAGGAAUAUAUGAAUUCAUAUAAAGACGAUCUCAUACUCUGGCAUUCAGCAUAUGGAAGCCAAGAAGACGGGAAUGAGAAGGACGACGAGGAGAAGGUGGAUGCCAAAGACUCAAAGAGGGAGGAAGGGGUUGUGAGGAUGAAGGAAGAGAUGGAGAACCGGGAAAAGGAGAGACUCGCUCUGGAAACUGCAGAGAUACAAACCCUCCAGAGAAUGCUAAAGAGGCUGGAGGAGCAGGUAGAUGAAGAGGAGAGAAAGCGGAAAGAUGCAGAAACAAGGGAGUCUGCACUGAAAUCCGAGGUCGAGGAGCGAAGCAAUAGGGUGAGGGAUUUGCUGGCAGAAGUCGAGAAUGUAAAGGAGAGAGGUCGUCAGGACAGAGAGGACUUUGAGAGACAACUUAGGCAGAGGGAGGAGGAGGUUGCGAGGAUGAAGGAAUGGAUGGACAGAAGCGACGAGAGGUUGAUCUUGCAAACUACAGAGACGCAAAACCUUCAGAGAAUGCUCAAUGUGAUCCAGGAGCAGGUAGGUGAGGAGAAGAGAAAACGGGGGGAGGCGGAGAGAAGGGAGUCGGUGCUGAAAGACGAGAUUGAGAAGCAAAUCAAGAGGGCAAGAGAUUUGGAGGAAUCGCUGCAGAUGCAGCUCACUGCUGAAACCCAGCGAGCAGCAGAGCUAGAGUCCAUGUUGAAUGCUGAGCGGGCAUCUAAAUCUGGCCGCGGUAGAACAGUGCGUUAUCUACGGAGGAGGAGAGUUGUGCGGGGGGGGAAGGUUGUGGCCGACGAGACGACAGAAACCGAUCGGCUGGUUGAUGCGGAUGGCCAGGAUAUGACUGGUUUCGAAACCUUAGACGCCUCACCCGCUAGAGGUCCUUUCAUCACUGAAGUAGAGACUUCAGCAAUUCAAGAAGCGAAAGGCGGCUUUCAAAGCAUGCUUUUGGCGCAGGAGGAGGCAAAGAGCCCGGCGAAGGAAGGAGACAGGAAGACAGAAGGCCGCCGCCACUCUCCGCAUUUUUUUGAGUUAGGCCAGAGUAGCAAAGAGUGUCCUGGCGACCUUGCCAGAGCUGAAAUCAUUAAAGCCUCACCGCGAUUGGCGGCAGAAUCGCCUGACCCCAGCUGUUUGUCACAUUCUGAGGGCCGACAGUCCCGGCAUUUUUUAGAGUGUGGCCAGAGUAGCAAAGAGCCUCCUGACGAGCCUAUGAGAUUGCUCGAAGACGAAGAUCGACUUACGGUGGAUGGUGACGACAUACAACGUAAGGUGAUAUGCUGCCAUUGCCAGCUCGUGGAGAACAUGGGCAAAAGCGAUAGCCUGGUGGCCGUUGACCCGCAGGAGGAACAGAAGCAGCUCGAACAGUUGGCACGGGACAGAGAUGAGUGGAAACGAAUGUCCAGAGAGACAGAAGAAGCCUUGAAUAGAUGCUUGUGCAGGAGAAGCCAACUGGAGGAGGAGAGAGCGAGACAGAGGGAAGAGGUGGAACGAAAGCUGAAGGAAAAGGAGGAAGAACUGUACAGCACAAAUCUUGCGAGGGAGAGAGAAAGGAUGGAAAGAGAACAGGAGCAGAAGGAUAGACAGAGGGAAACGGAGGAGCUAAGAAGGAAGAUCAUGGAGAUGGAGGAGGAGCUUGCGAAGGAGAGGGAUAGAAGGGAGGCAGAGGAACAGGAGAGGCAGUUGAGAGAGUCAGAGAGCAUGAGGGAGAGGGAGGAGUUGGAGAGAAAAUUGAAGUGGAAGGAUGAGGAGCUCGAGAAGAGUAUGAGGGAGAGGGAGGUCCUCGAGAAAAAGGUAAAGGAGAAACAGGAAGAGUUUCAAGAACAGCUUAGGGAGAGGGAGGAGCAGGUAAAGAAGGUACAGGAGCAGAGUGUAUGGGUGAGAGAGACUCUUGAGACGCAGCACACGGAAAGAGAGGAGGAGAUGGUGAAGAUACGAUCGCAGAUGGAGAGGAGUGAGGAGAGGUUGGUCUUGCAAACCACGGAGUUACAAAACCUUGAGAGAAGGAUAAAGAGAAUGCAAGAGGAGGCCGAUGAAGAGGAGGGAAAGCGGAACGACACAGAAAUGAUGGUGUCCGCACUGAAAUGCAAGGUCGAAGAGCGGAGUGGAAGGGCUAGAGAUUUAGAGGAGGAAAUCGAGAAGCUGAAGGAGAGAAUGGUGUGGGAGAGAGAGAUCCUCGAGCAACAGCUUAGGGAGAGGGAGGAGGAGGUUGUGAGGAUGAAGGAAUGGAUGGAGAGCAGUGAGAAGGAGAGGUUGACUCUGGAAACCGCAGAGAUUCAAAGCCUUCAAAGAAUGCUAAAGAGGAUGGAGGAGCAGGUAGAUGAAGAGGAGAGAAAGCGGAAAGACGCCGAAACCAGGGAGUUCACACUGAAAGCGGUGGUUGACGAGCGAAGCGAUAGAGUGAGGGAUUUGGAGGCAGACGUUGAUAAUGCAAAGGGGAGAAGCUGGCAGGAGAGAGAGGAGUUUGAGAGACGUCUUAGGGAGAGGGAGGGAGAGGUUUUGAGGAUGAAGGAAGAAGUGGAGAACCGGGAAAAGGACAGACUAGCACUGGAAACUGCAGAGAUCCAAAGUCUCCAGAGAAUGCUAAAGAGGCUGGAGGAGCAGGUAGAUGAAGAGGAGAGAAAGCGGAAAGAUGCAGAAGCAAGGGAGGCUGCACUGAAAGCCGAGGUUGAGGAGCAAAGCGAUAGAGUGAGGGAUUUGCAGGCAGAGGUCGAGAAUGCCCGGCAGGGGAGAGAGGAUUUUGAGAGGCGGCUUAGGGAGAGGGAGGAAGGGGUUGUGAGGAUGAGGGAAGAGAUGGAGAACCGGGAAAAGGAGAGACUAGCACUGGAAACUGCAGAGAUCCAAAGCCUCCAGAGAAUGCUAAAGAGGCUGGAGGAGCAGGUAGAGGAGGAGGAGAGAAAGCGGAAAGAUGCAGAAACAAGGGAGUCUGCACUGAAAACCGAGGUUGAGGAGCGAAGCGAUAGGGUGAGGGAUUUGCAGUCAGAGGUCGAGAAUGCCCGGCAGGAGAGAGAGGAUUUUGAGAGACGGCUUAGGGAGAGGGAGGAGGAGGUAGUGAGGGUGAAGGAAUGGAUGGAGAACCAGGAAAAGGAUAGGGUCGCUCUGGAAACCGCAGAGAUCCAAAGCCUUCAGAGAAUGCUAAAAAGGCUGGAGGAGCAGGUAGAUGAAGAGGAGAGAAAGCAAAAAGAUGCAGAAACAAGGGAGUCUGCACUGAAAGCCGAGGUUGAGGAGCGAAGCGGUAGGGUGAGGGAUUUGCAGGCAGAGGUCGAGAAUGCCCAGCAGGAGAGAAAGGAUUUUGAGAGACGGCUUAGGGAGAGGGAGGAAGGGGUUGUGAGGAUGAAGGGAGAGAUGGAGAACCGGGAAAAGGAGAGACUCGCUCUGGAAACUGCAGAGAUACAAAGCCUCCAGAGAAUGCUAAAGAGGCUGGAGGAUCAGGUAGAUGAAGAGGAGAGAAAGCGGAAAGAUGCAGAAACAAGGGAGUCUGCACUGGCAGCCGAGAUUGAGGAGCGAAGCAAUAGGGUGAGGGAUUUGCAGGCAGAGGUCGAGAAUGCCAAGCAGCAGAGAGAGGAUUUUGAGAGACGGCUUAGGGAGAGGGAGGAGGAGGUUAUGAGGGUGAAGGAAGAGAUGGAGAACCAGGAAAAGGAGAGGGCCACUCUGGAAACCGCAGAGAUCCAAAGCCUUCAGAGAAUGCUAAAAAGGCUGGAGGAGCAGGUAGAUGAAGAGGAGAGAAAGCGAAAAGAUGCAGAAACAMGGGAGUCUGCACUGAAAACCGAGGUUGAGGAGCGAAGCGGUAGGGUGAGGGAUUUGCAGGCAGAGGUCGAGAAUGCCCGGCAGGWGAGAGAGGAUUUUGAGAGACGGCUUAGGGAGAGGGAGGAAGGGGUUGUGAGGAUGAAGGAAGAGAUGGAGAACCGGGAAAAGGAGAGACUCGCUCUGGAAACUGCNAAAAAAAAAAAAAAAAAAACAAUUCUAAAAAAAAUCUGAAAAACAUAUAUGUAAUGUAAAAUAACAAUACAAGCAACUUUUGCCUUGGAGUCAUGUUCAAAUUUGUAGCCAAUCAUGAGUGAAAAAUCAAAAACCGAAAAAAAAUAAAUAAAAUGUUUUUUUUUUACGAAAAAAAAAAUGUUCGCCCGGAUAUGUUCGCGAGCCGUUCGCGCGAACAUGAAGGGGUGCGAACAUGUUCGCCGUGCUCCGCAGGAUCUAACAAAACACUUAUUCGCGU